GUCACACGGUAUUGAGCGCUUACAGUGCUCAGCUCUUCUUUCCGCUGAACAUCCACAAUGUCAUCACGACCAGACAUGCUUCAAGCCACGCCAAUCCAACUGCGUUCACUAAUUGUCGAUUACUUGGCACACAACGGAUACUCCAACACCGUUCGAGCCUUCGUGCGCGACAGCGCCAUUCGACACAUCGACGUCGAUGGAGACGAAGUUGUGCAACCUCAAAUGGCCUCUACACUCAGUCCAAACCUCUCGGAGUCACUGGAAUCAAGUUUGAAGCAGGCAGAACUACGAAAGCAAAUACGGACGGAAGUGCGGUGCGGUCGGAUAGAUGAAGCUAUCAUGCUCCUGAACAAGUACUUCCCUGAAGUUCUCUCCUUAUCGUCUUCACUGCGAUUCGAAGACACGCUGGUUUCGUCGAGCAAGAUGGACUAUCUCGCCCCCAACAGUGUCUAUUCUUCUCAUCUUGUGUUGAAUCUACGGAUACAAGCGUUUAUAGAGGCCUGCCGAACAACUCCCUUGGCGUGUCCUCCUGAUUACACUACUUCCGAGUCACCCUCCUCCCCACCCUCAUUCAAAGUUCCUCUAGAUACGAUUGAUCAACAGACGGCAUUAUUGAAUAACGCACAGAAACUAUACGCUGUUGUGAAGAUGCUGCCGUCCGAAGAAGACAUCUCGCGAUACAUGAAGGAACUAGAAUCUGUCACUGGCUUACUCGCAUACCAUGUACCGGAAGACAGCCCAGUAUCCGAGUACCUCGCUCAAGAGAGACGGGAGGCCGUCGCAGAUCAAAUUGACUAUGGCAUACUUUAUCAUGUAAAGCGCCCUGUUAUAUCAUACCUGGAACUGUACGCCAGAUACAUAUCCACGAUCUCGGAUAUACUCAACAAGCUUGGUGUAAAACCUCCUCCUGGCAUGAUUAAUCCCUCUACUGUUGCUAAAACUACAUCCAAUUCAAAGGGCGAGGUACAGGAGAUAUGGCCCUCCUUCAACCUUCAAGAGUUCGUUAGCACAAGUUAAAUUUCGAUUCGGCAUCACUUUCGCCUUGUAUAUCAGUGUAGUAACAAUUACCAAUUCAUAGCAUUUUAUCCAACACAGGUAAUUUAUUGUUUGUACUGUUCCAUUGUACACACAUACGUAUCUAUCAUUUGUUAUAACAAGUAUUAUCCGAGUACAACUUCUACGUCGUCCCAUCUUCCUUUGUUCAAUCUAGUGAGCAUUCCUUCCGGAAUAUAACAUUCU